ACCAUCAGUCCUCACCAUGACAGCCAUGGCGGGGAUGGACGCUAAGAUCGCCGUGCUGCUCUCCCUUCUCGCCGUGAGUUUGCUCGCACGCACGCUCCUCAUCCACCAGCCGCGUCUCGACGCCACCCUCGUCAUCGACCGCUUGCUCUCCUCCACCUUCGACCUCCGCCUAGUCAAGCUCGUCAACCGGAGGAACAUGAUCCUCCUCUGCCACGCCAUCCUCCUCCUCAUCCUCAACGACGCCGGGCUCCUCACUGCUCCGGCUCGACACCGCACCACAGCCAACUGCUCCGAGCCUCAGCCCAAGAGCAGGAUGGAUGCCAAGAGCUCGACCUGUGCCCAAGACAAGCGCGAACAUCGACGCAGGUCCAAGACGACGACGACGCGAUUGCGGCGCAGGAUCCCAUUGCUACCGAGCCAAGAUACCGUGGUCCAAGAGAUCGAUCUCCUAGAGGUGGAGAAACCGAGCUUUCAAUGCUGCUUCAACUUUGAUCACGCUGAUGGCAAUGAGAAUGAGAUUGGGGUGGCGUCUGAUGACAUCUCUUCUUUGCACUUUGAACUGGUCGAUGAAGAUGAGGGAAGCAGAGGGAAGGUGGAGGAGAUGGCGCCGCAGGAAACAGAGGCUGAGGACAUGGACGAGAUGAACAAGAGAUUCGAAGAUUUCAUCGCUAAGAUGAGGACAAAGAUGCAACUGGAGAGCAUGCAACUGGUCAAGGUCUAGACAGAGAUGGAGACAAAAGCAAAAAUAGCGUACGUUGGAAUGAGAUGUAUAUAAAGCUCGAUCAUGCUAUCUUUAGUUCCUCUAAAGUUAUAAUGUGACUCGAUGUAUUUUGCCUUCAUCAAUCAUCGACGUUUGUUUUGUGCUGUACCGUCUAUUUCAAAAGGUAAAUUGAUUAGAAAAAAAUUAUUAUCGAAA